AUGCAUGCAUGUUCUCCCACCCCCCUCGUUACCCUGACUGAUAUUGUGGGGUUAGCUGGACAUUCAAAAUUUUGAAUGAAUUGGGGUGGGGUACGGGGCCGGAUGCAGGAUGUAAAUGUGGAUUUUGAGCUAGCGGAUGGCAUCUUCACCCAAGCGACAAUCAGGAACGCUAAGUCCGUCUGCCUCUGGCUGGGAGCAAACGUCAUGAUGGAGUACUCGUUUGAAGAGGCCAUUUCGCUUCUUGAGAGCAAUCUAGAAAAUGCUACUACAAGUUUGGAGAAUAUUACGAAUGAUCUGCAGUUCCUGAGAGACCAAGUGACUAUAACGCAGGUCAUGAUGGCACGCGUCUUCAACUACGAUGUGCACCAGAGGAGAUUGCAGAGGUUGACUUUAGAUGUAGAGAAGGUGGGGGCCUGAAAUUUAGCUCUGAAGGGUCAAUGGACAUGGUGAGGAGAUCACAGGGAAGCAGCACGCUUGUGGGCGGGGGGGGGGGGGGGGGGGGGGGGGGGGGGGGGGGGAGAGAGAGAGAGAGAGAGAGAGAGAGAGAGAGAGAGAGAGAGAGGUUUUGGAGAAAUAAGUACUGGGGUGUUUCCGAAGUCCAACAUGUUCGGAAAUGGUGGAGGAGGGGAUGUGAGGGAGGUGGUUCUCCAUGGGACAAUUUAGCAUGGCUGUAGAUUUUGCUGGAUAGUGUGUUAUGAAAUGAUCGGCUUCCGUUGGUAGUAGGUACUGAAUGACGACGAGUGGUUGUUCCCUUUGCUUUCCCUUUUUCCAGAGUUUUUUCCCAGCUCAGGAAAGCUUGCAAGAAUUGUGAUGAGCAGUGAGACGAGUAGCAGAGCACUCUGUGCGAGAUGCAGAUGUUAUUCCCGGCUUAGGGAAGUUGGUGAGAAAUGCAAAUAGCCGUAAGAAGAGUAGCAGCACUUCAAAGUUUUUGAGCAACUGCAAAUGUUUUUAUGCCGCCGCCGCCUCCUUCUCCUCCUCCUCGUUGUUAUUAUUAUAGCCUUAUGUUAGAAUUUUUGUAAUGUCUGUAGAUUCUGCGCAUUGUUGUUGAGGAUGAGAAAGGGUCAUUGUUUUCUGAAAAAUUUGAGCUGAUCGCGGAUCGGCAGCAGGAGGGCGGUGAAAAAAAAAGAACACAAAAAACCGCCAGUAGUUGGCCGAGCCAUUUUCGUCCGACGCGGACGUUAACGUGCCGCAAGUUCCGCGGGACGGCCUACCGGGGCGAAAUGGCGGGCAGCUCAAGGAGGGCAAAAUGGAUGAAGGAUGCAUUAUCAAUCAAUGGAUGAUGGUCCCCAAAGGUCAACGGCGUACCUUUUGGAUACUCAGUCAGAGAGUUAUAUAUAGCUUAAACCACCAGUACUUGCUAAAGUCGUGCCCGCUAAGUUCGCUAACAGGCGACGGUUUUAGGAAACGUACGGGCCACUACAGGAGCGCCCAAAUUCACCCGAGUAGAAUUGUUUCUGCUCUAUUGUUUUUUCCACGACCGAUAGGUGGGCCAAGUACUGGUGUUUGUUAUAUGGUUCUGCACUUCCACGGGCCUAAAUCCUCUCCGUGCUCCCUGAACGGAUUUGAAACGUGACCUUGGUUUAAUCUGUAGGUGUGAAGCACAAAAAGUCAUAAAAGGAUAUCUUUCCUAAGUACCCAAAUUCACGCUGUCAAAUGGAAGGCACAAAUCAAGUCUCUUGGGUUAG